CACUAUGAAGGUCCUUGUCCUGCUCGCCUCGGCUCUCGCCGCGACCGCCGUCAAUGCUGCCUACAUUCCUCCCUAUGGCAGCUCCAGCGUCGCCGUCUCAUCGGUCACUCCCAGCUCGGCCAGCUCGGCCAUCUCGGCCACGGCCACUGCGACCUUGACUGCUUCGUUCCCCGCCGUCACCAAGAGCAAAUGCCGCAAGACCACCACCCCUGCCACCGCGACUUCGACCCCUGUCUACGGAUCCAGCGCCGUGCCACUCUCUACCCCUGUCUAUGGAUCGAGUGCGGUGCCCUCCACCGUGACCGCCUCAGUGCCUCCUGUUGUGACUUCCGCUGCCUCUGCCUCUGCCAACACCCUCACUGCUGCUAGCUCUGCUGCUCCCCAUUCCGCAUCCUCGGCUGGCCCCUCUGAGUCCACUGCUGUCAUUCCCUCCUCCGGCGCCUCCUCCACCACUACCGCGAGUUCCGGAGCUGUCGUUCCCACCUCUGCGGUGACUGUUGGCCCUGUUCCCACCCAGUCUUCUGCCUCCAGCUCCAAGGCCCACACCACCUCGCCCGUCGUCGUGCCCUCUUCGUCCUCCUCCGUCAAUGUCAUCACCAGCACACACACCUCUGCCUCUGGCGCUGUUUCUGACACCUCCGCUGGCCCGGCCACCACCACCGACCAUCGCCCUUCUCGCACCCGCACCUGGAGCGAGGUUCCUUCCGACUCAACCACCCCCUCCACUUCCACUUCGACUGAGACCUCGACCACCACCACCGACCAUCGCCCUUCUCGCACCCGCACCUGGAGCGAGGUUCCUUCCGACUCGACCACCCCCUCCACUUCCACUUUGACUGAGGCCUCGACCACCACUACUGACCAUCGCCACCGCACAUCGGCCAGCUCAGAUGCCACUACCGAGGCCUCCUCGACCUCUACCGUCACCACAACCACUGCCGACCACCCCCACCGCUCGUCCACUACCACCACCACCACCACUACCACCACUACCGUGUUCACUACACCCUCUCCCAGCAACAACGGCGGCGGUGGUCAGCCCUCGACAAGCACCAGCGACAACGGUGGCGGACACCCCGGUCGCAACACCGACUCUGCCACGAAGAUCACCUCUACGACCGCCUCCACCCCUGCCUCUACGACUGCGUCCGCCUCUGCCUCUUUCCCCACCGCUCCUGCUUCCUUCGCGACCGAAACUCCUCAGGUCUGAUUCCCAAGACCUCCUCCCCUCCCCUUCAAUAUCCCUAUGACAGUAUACACCUUACUUCAACUCGGACACUCUAUGAUAUAGUCUGCGCAGGCGAUACCGGCCCUGCGCGGAAUCUGGUGUAGAAUUACCUUACUCUAUUGAUGCCUUAAAAUACUUUAGUCCUUGAAAAAUGAACUGAAUACAUGCCAACCAAAAUGCCAUGUCACAGCUUGUUCGGAGUCAAACGGGGCAGUCUGUCCCUGAGUGCCCCUCAGUAAUUU